UAUGCCUUUGUAUGAAUUAAUCGCAAUUUGCAGAUGCUCCUAGGCAUAAGGUACAGCUGCUGCCAUUAGAUAACUGUCAGUCUUGAUUUUCUAAGGAGGUAAUAUCAUACAUUGAAAUAAAAUAGGAGGAAAUAUUAGAAAUGUGAGAAUAUUAGGGGAUAGAAUCAUGAGUAAAUAAAUUAUAGGAAAUGAUGGAUUUAGACAUAUGAUAGGGAGAUAUGUUUCAAUUUUAUAUGAUGGUCAUCCAAGCAAGUUUAGAAAUGUGUUAAAAGGAGGAGAAAAGUCGUUUGAAAUAUUUAGAUUAUAGCAUUUUCGAAUUAAGGACUUUAUUCCAGAGGCAGUAGGAUUUACAAAGCCAUUUGAAGAAGAGGCUCCUUUUGUGAAGAACAAUAGUGUUCAAUCUUAUGAAUAUGGAAGAGCAUUGCAAAUAUUAAGAGAAGAAAAGUAAAAAUUAUCCUGAGU